AUGGCAGAGAUCGUUUUUUCUGUAUUAACUAAAGUGUUGCUUAAGAGUUUGGCAUCUAUGAAGCCAUGUGAAGAUGAGUUUCAUUCAGAGCUGAAGCAUCUGAGGAAGCAAUUGCUGACGAUUCAGCCAGUGCUUAAUGAUGCGGAGGAGAAGCAAGUGAAGAACGUGUCUGUGAAAAAAUGGUUAGAUGAUACUCGGAACUUGGCUUAUGAUGCGGAGGAUUUCCUGGAUGUGUUUUCCACUCCAGUUUUGGAGUGGAAUUUGGCGCUGGAACAACCGAGGAACAUCAAGCUUGAUAUGAAGUCCAAGAUAGAAGAGAUCACUGGCCGUUUGGAAGAUAUCUGUGAAGAAAAAAAUGAACUUGGAUUGAAAGAAAUUGCUGAAGGCUCUUUAAUUGGUGGUUGGCAAAGACCUCCCAGCACAUCUGUGCCAACUGAAGCUGCUGUUGUCGGGAGAGAUGAUGAUAAAGCCAAAAUUCUUGACUUGUUAUUGAAAGAUGAACCCGGAGAUGCAAACUUCUGUGUUAUAGGUAUAUGGGGGAUGGGAGGGUUGGGUAAAACCACCCUAGUUCAGAAGCUUUUCAAUGAUCAGUCAGUGGAAGACUUCCCCCUAAAAUCAUGGGUUUGUGUCUCUCAUGAUUUUGAUGUUCUGAGAAUCUCCAAAACUAUUCUGGAGUCAGUCACUUGCAAAUCCUGUGAUCUCAAGGAUUUAAACGAGGUGCAGGUCCAUCUGAGAGGGGCAAUUUCUGGAAGAAAAUUUUUGGUGGUCUUGGAUGAUGUUUGGUCGACUGAUUAUGGGCUGUGGCAAAUUCUAAAAUCCGCCCUUAUGGGUGGUGUACCGGGGAGUAGGAUGAUCGUGACCACACGCAGCAGAGAAGUUGCUUUAACGAUUGGAAAUGGCGAAAUUUACAGUUUGAAGCUUCUCUCGGACGAUGACUGUUGGCGUAUUUUUGAAAAUCAUGUUGGUGGGAGCAGAGUUGUUUCUGGACUGCGAAAUCUGGAAUUAAUCCGUGAAAAAGUUGUUGAGAGGUGUAGAGGACUACCGUUGGCUGCAAGAACUUUGGGUGGGCUUCUACGACACAAGCAGAGAGGGGAUGAGUGGGUGAAAAUAUUGGAUAGCAAACUUUGGGAUUUGUCAGACAAAACUGAUAUUCUUCCUGUCUUAAAAUUAAGCUAUGAUCAUCUUCCAUGUCAUCUUAAGAGUUGUUUUGCUUACUUGUCAAUUUUUCCCAAGAAGUAUAAAAUUGACAAGGAGCAAUUAGUCCAUUUGUGGAUGGGUGAUUUGCUUUGUGGCUAA